AUGCGGACGAGACAGUCACUCUCGCCGUCAUCGCCGUCGACUCGAAAGCGGAUUCCGACGAUACCACCAGUGCCUCGUUCCAAGCCUCCUCUGCCACCCAUGGCUACUGUAACGAAGAAGGUGGUGUUUCCUCAUGCCGACCACUGCGAUAGCGAUGUGAAAGACGAGCUCCUCCCUAUGUACGAAGUGUACAGACUGACUGGGGCCAAAACUCCAUAUUCGUAUUAUUUUGCGCGAAGGCCAAGCCUGCAACCGGGAUCUGCCAUUGGUACAGCGCCUACAGUGAGGGCCCAAAGAUACGACGCCGAUGACAUAACUGCCCUGGAGGAAUCUGAAUCUCGGCGUGCUGCUCGAUUGAAGAGGAGGCGUACUAUUGGCGACGCCCAUAGUAUUAUUGGGCGCAUCUCCUCCUACACCUCGUCCUCCUCAACGACCACCAAACCCACUGUCACUACUAGGAUCAAACUCCAGGACGCGAAGGAGCAGCGUACGCGGCGACCACGGCCAUCCACGUACAUCGAAGAGACAGAGAACAUGAAGCAAACCAAGUCAAACGCAAAUUCAAAGGCCCAGGCUCAGGUGCAGGCUCAGAAAAAAUCAGAAAAGGUUCGAAGCCAAAGCCAGGGCCGUUCUCCGAUAACGCAGAAACCUGUAGCCGCUGGGCCUACACGGUUACAUACGCCAACCCUGCGCACGAAUAUGCAUAUGUCGACGACAAGUGUGCUCCUUUUGCCAAACCUCAACACCGACUCGCUGUGGCUAAACCGGCCCACCAGGCCGCGAGCAAAAACAAACGAUGCCCUGGUACAAGUAAAGGAGAAGGAGAAGGUAGAGAAGGAGGUAGAUGGUGUUCGACAUGCUUCUGCAUCUUCGACGGCUACUUUGGUCCCGAAUCCUCCUCUUCUUCCUCCACCGGACGUCCUGGUUCAUGCACAAACAACGAGUCCGCUGGUGGUUCCUGUGCGUCCUGCACGUCCUGCUGAAUCGCUGUACUCCAACGAAUCGACGUUCCGUACGAUAUGUGCAUCUGCUUCAAUGCAGGAGAACGACGUGGACGCGUUGCGCGGCCCGACAUCAAAUCUUCGACCUCAACCACAACCUCAGACAGGUCCUCAAUACCUUCAUCCACAUGGAGACCAUCAGCAACUCAAACAGCUGAACAUGGAGAAGCGAAGGUCAAAGCUGCGCUCGCCUUCCGUGGCGACGUCUGUGUCAUUCUACAGCCAGAAGAGUUUCCCUCAUCGGCUUCAGCUCCCUACGGAUGUCGACACAGAAGAGCUUGCGUGGCUCGUUAUCGAUGACGAUGACGACGGCGAUGGAAAUGUAGGCGAUAGUCAAACCGGUCCGGGUAUCAAAGAUCCAGCAUAUCUUUCAGCUGACUAUACUGCAAACCAGCCACGGGAUGGAGGGCGCCAUCCGUCAAGUAGUAACUUGAGCCUCCUAUCUGACGGCAAGUCGACUGGGACAGUGAGAUCGCAGAACCGCUCAACACGUACACGGAGUACCAGACCCAAGACCCGCUCUCGCUCACGCUCGCGCCACCGCUCCGGGAGAGCUGGUGGAAGUAGCAGCAAUCGACAGCGGGAAAAACAGCCUCCUACACCGUCAAUAUCACCGUCAGCAUGGUCUGCAACCCGCCUCGGACCCUCUGCAUCGCGCACGCCAUCGAUAGCACCCUCCGCGUGGUCCGCACCAAUGUCGAUGUCGAUGUCAGCACGGUCUGUUCGCACAGUCGGAUCUCGCGCACAUUCGGUGGCGCCGUCGGCAUGGUCGAGGGCGAAAUCUGACUCGCUGUCGAUCGCUCGUUCAAACUUCACAGCCACAUCUCGGUCGACGGCAACGUCGAGAUCCACGUCGACGACGACGUCAGGAUGGGCGCGCAGGGAUAUUACAGAGGUACAGGAGGAUAUGAAGUCGUUCCUCGAUAUGUCAGAGGAUUCGAGGUGGCAUUUUUCUUCCUCCUCUUCGUCUUCGUCUUCGUCAUCGGCUGCGUCUGUGGUCUCUGCUUCGCCGUCUUCGUGCUCUUCACCAGAAGUGGGGUGUGGGCCCGUGCCGGAAAUAUCGGUAUCUGUGCCAGUACCUGCUGGGUCCUCACCUGGUUUAGUUGAGGGUAAGGACAUUACAGGAUCAGCGAGCGAAGUGAAAGAGACGGCGAGAAGAAGGUGGCAAGAUAGGGAGUCGACAAUCCUUCCUCAAUCGCGGAACGCUAGUCCAACGCAGCAGAGCAUCGACCUGGAUUUCGCUGACGACAUGCGGUACAGCCCGAGCCUAAACCCAACGCUGGCGUAUAUCGUAUUCGGGCCGGAAGAUGAUGGUGUGGGCGUCAACCUUGCAGAGGAGUCACUGUCGCUCUCGCCUGUCCUGAUACCUCCGUCCUCACCCUCGCUUUCUCAUAAGUUGAAUCCACCGAUGAUUCAAUCUAGCACGGCGUCAACAUCCUCGUCGACGGCCGUUGCUUCGAGCUCGGAUGUCCACUUUGACAAUGGUUCUGGAAAGGGGGCUGUAGCUGUCACAGGACCCUCGAGUUGGGGUGAAAAAGAAGAGGAAAUUUGCGAGGAUUACGAUUAUGGUGUGGCGGUCGACGUGUUGGUGGAUCAUCAGCACGAGCGUAAACGUAGUCCCCAUUCCCAUCCGCGUUCGCAGCGCCGGCACCGGCGACAUGGAUCGCACAAAUCGCUUGCGAACAAAGACGAUACGAGUGAAGUUGUUGUGGUUGUCGUGGAGGAGAAAGAGGGCAUAGUCCACUUGAUGGAUGCUACGGAGGGCCAGAAGGACAUUGAGGUGGUAUUGGGAGCAAACGAAAUGAUUGACGUAUGGAAUGAGAAGGAGAAGUCGGAGAAGGAGAACCUGAAGCCACACAGGAGUUCGAAUUCAGGUUUGGGUCCUGCUUCAAAGUCCGGAGCGCCUUCACCCGAGGGUAGGCGGUCGCAAUCGAGGGCACGGGCUCGAGCUGGCAGCAGAGCCCGGAAUGAGGAUGGUGGUGCUGUAGCCUCGCGGAACAGUCGUCAUUCUCAGCAUGGCAGUGGCCACGGUUCGAUUAGGUCCAACAUUCCUCCCAGCCACGCGGCACCACCUGCACAUCUUCCCCGCCCAUACAUUAACUCGAAAUCCAGUAAAAAUGUGGGUGGUGGUUCGGGCACGCGGAUGCAGGCGCGGAGCGUGCGUGCGGUACGGAAGAAGACUUCUGCGCGCACACUGAGGAAGGACUUUGGGAGUCGCAAUAUCGGUGUUGGUGUUACGGGUAUUGUCGGUGUCGAUUCAGGCGUACAUGUGGAUGUGGACGUCGGGUUAGGUUCAGGAGGAGGCCUUGGCGCUGUUGGCGUGUUGGACCCACGACUGCAGCCCGAGUAUUAUAACCACAGCGUCGGUGCGGGUGUCAGGACGAGUACAAACGCAACAGCAUCAAAUACAAGUAUGCCUAUGAAUGUAAGUGCAAACAACAGAGCACGAGCACGAGCGAGUCUACAGAAGAAGCGAGGGCUGGAUGACGUCAGAGACAGCCGUCCGGUAAUGGCCAGCCACAACCACGCAGAGAGGGAGGAGAAGAAGAAUAAAGACAAGAAGUCGAAAUCGCUGUUUAAUUUCCUUCAUGUAGCCAGCUUGUUUGCGAGGGUUUGA